AGAAAUGCAGAGACAGGCUUAAGCUAACAGUCUGAACACAAAAGGAAAGGAAAGGAGAAACGAACAGAUAAACACAAACCAUCAAGUAUCGGAUUGGGAUCGAUCAUCAAUGACGGAGCGCGUUUUUCUCUCAAUAACGGUGAUCUUGUGUUGUUUACUCAUCAUUCCAAUACCUUCAUCAUCAUCUUCUUCUGGUAAUGGUGAGCAGACCUUUUCCGUGAAUGGAAAGGUUUUGGAAUUGGACGAAUCGAACUUCGAUUCGGCCAUCGCCACCUUCGACUUCAUCCUCGUCGACUUCUACGCCCCAUGGUGCGGCCACUGCAAGCGUCUCUCUCCUCAGUUAGAUGAAGCUGCCCCCAUACUUGCCAGCUUGAAAGUACCCAUAGUUAUUGCGAAAUUAAAUGCUGACAAAUAUACCCGUCUUGCUCGUAAAUAUGAAAUUGAUGGAUUUCCCUCCCUCAAGAUCUUUAUGCAUGGCGUCCCUGUUGAUUAUUAUGGACCAAGGAAACCAGAUUUACUUGUUCGUUAUCUUAAAAAGUUUGUUGCUCCUGAUGUUGCAGUUCUUAAUUCGGACUCUGGUAUCACUGAAUUCAUUGAAGCUGCUGGCAUUUCCUUUCCUAUAUAUAUAGGUUUUGGCUUGGAUGAGUCAGUGAUAUCAAAGUUAGCCAUAAAGUACAAGAAAAAGGCAUGGUUUUCCGUGGUGAAGGAUUUCUCUGAGGACAUCAUGGUGCUGUAUGAUUUUGAUAAGGUUCCUGCUUUGGUAUCCCUUCAUCCAAGUUACAAUGAGAAGAGCAUUUUUUAUGGCCCUUUUGAAGAGGAGUUUUUGGAAGAUUUUAUAAAACAAAACAUGUUCCCUCCGGUCAUACCAAUAAACCAUGAAACGCUGAAGGCGCUGAAAGACGAUGACAGGAAAAUUGUCCUGACAAUUGUGGAGGAUGAUACGGAAGAGAAAUCAAAGAAAACUUUUAAGUUAUUGAAGGCUGCUGCAUCUGCAAAUCGUGACUUAAUAUUUGGUUAUGUUGGCGUCAAACAGUGGGAUGACUUUGCUGACACAUUUGGGGCUAACAAAAAGACAAAACUGCCAAAAAUGGUCAUUUGGGAUGGAGAUGUGGAGUACUUUUCAGUAAUUGGUUUCGAAAGUAUUGAUGAGGAGGAUCAGGCGACUCAAAUCUCACAAUUCCUUGAAGGAUAUAAGGAGGGAAGAACUAUAAAGAAAAGCAUCGGCGGUCCAUCCUUUAUUGGCUUUAUCAAUUCAUUAAUUGGCAUGAGAACAGUGUUCAUGCUUGUUUUUGUGGUUGCAGUCAUUAUACUAAUUCAAACCAUCAACAAAGGAGACGAAGAGCCUCUCAGGGUUGGUACUCGAGAAGAGGCUGAUACUGCAAGCAGUUCUGUCCCCGAGACUGAAAAGAAAGAGUACAGAUCUGGAGACAAGGAAGAUUAAAGUUGGGCAUGUGGACUUCUAACUGAAUCUAGUUGAGGAUGUCCUUGUAAACAAAUCAACAGAAUGCGCAAAGAUAUUAGAGUUGAGGUUAUGCUGCACUUACAUGCUUUUGUAGAGAAUCCUUUUUAUGCGCAUGACUUGGUCAGUUUACUUUUAGACAAUUUUUCACUAAUUUAAUGUAAUAUACAUCAGUUUCUAUUGAUGUUGAAAGCACAAACUUGUUUCUCACCAUAAAAACACAGUUAACGUUCUCCUUUGUGCGUGACAA